UAUGCAUCCUGGUCUCAGUUGCUCUAGGUCUCAGUUAUUUAAAGAACAAUACGGAUGCACACAGGAUUACACAACAGGGCUGAAACAGAGUUCAGGAGGAAAGAGUAGCUGAUAGGCUGGGAUCAGGAGGCAUAUCCAAAGGUAUGCCACAGAGGACUGCCCCAACCCAGAAGAUACUCAAGGUCAAGCUGUUUGGGGCUCUGAGCAACCUGACUGAGCAGUAGGUGUCCCUGUUCACUGCAGGUGGUUGGACUGGAUAGAAGAUCUUUAAAGAUCCCUUCCAACUCAAACUAUUAUAUGAUUCUACAGUUUUACUGUUCUGUGCUCCUAUACUUCUAUGACUGUAGUAACUGGUUGGUAGCCUGGGCUGUGUGUGCCCUUCUGACAUCUCAUAUGGCACAAGGUUCUUGUCUUCUGUUCCUAAAUCAUCGGAUGGUUGCCAGAUGAUUGAAGUAUGGAUGUACCUAUGUUCCAAAUGAUAUAAUCUAGGGCUACAAACACUGCUCAAAUAAUCACAGCUAAAUCCACAACAGUAGUUUAACUGAAGCACAGUUCUUCUGUGUGGUACUUGUUCAUCUGCAAAGGAGUUGUGCAAAAUAGGGUUAACUUGAAGAGGGACAUGUUUUGUAUUGAGAACUACUGUAAAAAACAGAUCGUCUUAAGAAGCAAGACAGAAGGCAAGAGCCUAAACUUCAGUGAGGGAAAGGUCUCUACCUUUUGUCCACCGACACCUAAUAAAACAGCCUCAGCGCGGAUUUUAAAACUACAGUGUUGCUGAUGGAGAUGGUCCUCCACUCUCCUUGGGUCUCUGCGGCUCCUCCUCUCAGACAAAGUCUGCAUCUUUUAUGUGUUAAUGGUUUUGACAUCGACCAUUUGCCUCAUUUUCAUUUUAAGCGAUGGGCAGAGUCUUACUGCCUUUCUUCUCUGUUCUCCGAGUGCCGCACCCACUGUGAGCCGGCUCAUCAGCCUGAAAGAUGUGCGCCCGCGGUAUGUCAUGGAUGUGGCGGCCAAGGACGGGCAGCUGCUCUGCUCCGUGGUGCCGACCCUCGCCACGCAGAGAGUGAGACACCGCUACUGCAGCUCCGGUGAAGGAGAACAACUCAUCCUCAGUUCUCCCAGUCCUUGCAGUGAGAAGACCAUGGCUGCAAAGAGGCAUGGACAUGUUCCAUCUGUCGCGAUGUGCGACAGGACAUGGCCCGUGUGA